CGCCAUGUCGUCGCUGCCCGACUUUGUCCUGGCCGACGAGCUGCUCGCCGUGCGCGAUGCAGACUACGCCGUCGCCGGCGAGCAGCCGUGGAGCAGCAGCGCCGACUGCGACGCCGUCGGCGCGGCCCUCACGCGCCUCGUCGAUGCCCUCGCCGCCGCGCCCGCGGCCGUCGAGGAGGCGCACACCUUCGCCCAGCUCCUCUCGCUCGUCAAGCACUACGCCCUGCUCGGCGGCGUGCAGCGCAUCACGCUCCUCGACGCCCUCGCCUCGGCCUACACGGCCGCCCUCGAGGGCGCCGCCGCCGCCCUGCCCGAGGGCACCGACGCCUACCGCGCCUGGGCGCCCGUCCUCGAGCGCCUCGCCUUUGCCCUGCAGUGGCUCAUCCACGUCGCCGAGCGCGCCGCGGGCACGCGCGAGGAGCGCGCCGCCGCACCCGUGCCCAAGGGCCGCCGAGGGCGCGGCGCCAAGGCCGGCAUGCCCGCGACGCGCCCGGCCGCGGCGGCUGCCUCGGCCGCCAGCGCGGAUCUCAGCGGCUACGACUGGGAGGGCGUGCUACCCGGCCUGCUCAUGCUGCUCGCCCGCUCCCUCAAGCUCAGCACCGCCCUCCUCUUCCCCGCCGCGGCGACUCGCGAUGCCUUCGUUGCGUGCGCGCUGCGCCCGGCGCUGCUGCUGCAGGAGACCGAGGCGCAUCUGCGCGUGCCGGCGAUCAAGGCCGGCAUCUUCCGCGUCGUGUGUGCCGCCGUCAAGGGCCACGCGCAGGCGUUUGCCGUGCAGGCCUCCAUCGCCCAGGCGCUGGCGUACUACGAGCAUCUGGCCGAGCCCAUGGCCGAGCUGCUGGCGCUGCUGCGCGCAGAGUACGACUACGAACGUCUGGCCGACGACGUGCUGCGCGACGUGGGCGCGCGCGAGUUUGGCGGCAUCGACACGCGCAGUCCGCGCGCCUUUGCCCGCUUCCUCGUGCGCUUCACCGAGCUGUGCCCGCGCACGGUGCUGCGCUCCAUCAGCCUGCUGAUGAAGCACCUGGACAGCGAGUCCUACCCGAUGCGCAACGCGCUGCUCGAGAUCCUGGGCUAUCUCAUCAAGGAGCUGACCUCGACGGACGAUGCGCUGCCGGGCGCGGCGGCGGCAGAGGUCGAGGGCCUCGCCGCCCUGGACUCCACUAACGCCAUGGGCGGCAACGCGGGCAGCGCAGACGCGCAGCGCGGCAGUGCAGAGGCGCGCAAGAAGCAGGUCAAGCACUUCUGGGAGCUCCUCUUCGAGCGCUUCCUCGAUGUCAACUCGUACGUGCGCGUCAAGUGCGUGCAGGUGUGCACGCGCCUCUGCGACCUGCAAGCCAAGUUUCCGUCUCAGCGCACGAUGCUCGCCGACUUUGGCGUGCAGGCACUGCGCGACAAGAGCUCGAGUGUGCGCAAGGCUGCCAUUGCGCUGCUCACGCGUCUCAUCCUCACGCACCCCUACGGCGUGCUGCACGGCGGCGACCUCGACGAGCCCGAGUGGACUGCGCGCCUAGCUGUCGUCGACGCCGAGCUCAAGACGUACGAGGGUCUGCUUGACCUGCCGAAUGAAGGCCCAGAUGAGGAAAAUGAGGAGGAGUCAGAGGACGACGACGUCGAGGACUCGCUUGUCAUGGCGACGCCUCGCAAGCGCGCCGAGCGGCGCACGAACAAGCGGCGCUCGAGCGCAGGGCUCGACUUGAUCCAGGGCUCGUCUCUCAGCAGCGAAGACGCGGAGAAGGUCAUGCGUCUGCGUCUGACGCGGCGCUACUAUGCCGAUGCGCUGCACUUCAUCGCACAGCUCAGCGGCGCCAUGGACGAGCUGGUGCAGCUGCUGGUCAGCAAGAGCAAGGCCGAGGUGCUCGAGUCGAUGGAGUUCUUCCGCGUCGCGCACGAGUACCGCCUGCCUGGCGCCACGGUCGGCGUACGCAAGAUGGUGCACCUGAUUUGGACGAAGGACAAUGCCCUCGUCAUGGAGGAUGGCGCGCAGCUCAAGGGCAUUCGCUCGCGGCUGCUCGAGGUCUACCGCGCGCUGUACUUUGAGCCGCUGCCCGACCUCUCGCCGCGCGACAAUGUGGCGCGCAUCGCACGCAACAUGGUCGAGCGCACCUUUGGCGCCACGCUCGCCGAGCUGACGAGCCUCGAGGAGCUGCUGCGCACCAUGUGUGCCGAGGACAUGGUCCACCCCGACGUCGUCAACAAGCUCUGGGCCGUGUAUGGCGCGCCGCGUGCCAUGCCGCGCGCGCAGCGCCGCGGCGCCAUCAUUGUGCUCUCCAUGCUGGCGGUGGCGCGCCGCGAAAUUGUCGCAGACCACAUCGAGGCACUGCUGGGCGUCGGCCUCGGUCCGCUGGGCGCACGCGACAUUGUGCUGGCAAAGUACACGUGUGUGGCCCUGGCACGCGUGGGCGGCAGCAUCAAGAAGGUCAAGGGUGCCCUCUCCGACGAGCAGGUGCGCUUCCCCAUGACGCACCCCAUGUUCGCCAAGCUGCGCGCCGCCGUCAUGUGGCAGAACGGCACGGCGGCCAAUGGCGAGUGGUUCAGCCUGGCGGAGAACGCCAUUCAGACGAUCUACCAGCUCGGCGAGCAGCCCGACGCGCUCUGCGCCGAGAUCGUCAAGAGCAUGACGGCACGAGUGUUCGGACCGCGCGGCCCGACGCUCGUCAACGAGGAGCAGGAGGGCUCGGUGCGCGGCCUGUCGCCUCUGCGCGAGGACGCCGAGGACGAGGAAUCCACCUCUGACGGCGCACGCACGCCCGCGCAGCGGCCUGGCUCGCCAGGCGGCACGCCUGCGGCGUCGGCCGCGAGCGAGGCGGGCGCCUGCUCCUCCAAGGCGCCGGCCUUUGGCCUGGCUCAGCUGCUCUUCGUCGUCGGCCAUGUGGCGCUCAAGCAGAUCGUCUACCUCGAGCUCGUCGAGCGCGAGUACAAGCGUCGCAAGGCCGAUGCCGACAAGGCCAAGCUGAGCGAGAAGAGCAGCAACGCACAGGCCAGCAGCGAGGCGGACGAGCAGUCGGGCACGGCAAAGAAGGGCCGCAAGGGCAAGAAGGGCGCCGCUGCCGCCGCUGCUGCUGCUGCUGCCGUCGAGGCUGACGCAGCCGCAAAGGAGAACGACAUCGAACAGGUGGCGGGCAACGCCGAGGACGAAAUCGGCGACGUCGUCGGCGACGUGCGCGAAAAGGAGCUGCUCUUCGGCCCGCGCAGCCUGCUGGCGCUCUUUGGCUCCGUCGUGGCGCAGAUCUGCAGCAGUCCAAAGUCGUUUGCCAACGACUAUCUGCGCAAGGCGUCCGUGCUCUCGAUGUGCAAGUUCAUGUGUGUCUCGUCGGAGUACUGCGAGGCGCAUCUGCCGCUGCUGCUCUCCAUCCUCACGCACUCGGGCGACGCCGUGGUGCGCUCCAACAUCGUCAUUGCGCUCGGCGACAUUGCCGUGUCAUUUGGCAGUCUCGUCGACGAGAACUCGGAGCGCCUCUACGCCGGCCUGGCGGACCGCGAUCUGGGCGUCAAGAAGCACACGCUCAUGGUGCUCACGCACCUGAUCCUCAACGGCAUGAUCAAGGUCAAGGGCCAGCUGGGCGAAAUGGCAAAGUGCAUCGAGGACGACGAGGAACGCGUCAGCGAUCUCGCAAAGCUCUUCUUCUCGGAACUCGCCACAAAGGAGAAUGCCGUAUACAACAACCUGCCCGACAUCAUCAGCCACCUCAGCAUCGGCAAGCACGCCGUCGACGAGGAGACGUUUGCAAGCACCAUGCGCUACAUCUUCCAGUUCAUCGACAAGGAGCGCCAGGCCGAAAACGUCGUGGAGAAGCUGUGCCAGCGCUUCCGCCUCACAGCAGAGCCGAGGCAGUGGCGCGACAUUGCAUUCUGUCUGUCGCUGCUGCCGUACAAGAGCGACCGCUCCAUGAAGCGCCUGAUCGAGGGCCUGCCGUUCUACCAAGACAAGCUGCACGACGCCGGCGUGUUCGAGGCCUUCUCGCAGAUCGUGCAGAAGGCCCGCAUGCGCGGGCCCGGCGGCGGCGCGGCGGCCGCAGCGGCCGCGGCGGGCAUGGAGGGCGACCUGGUCGAGUUUGAGCAGAUCCUCGAGCAGUACCGCUCAAAGGGCGAGGAGGAGAGCGCCCUCGCAAAGAUGGCGUCGAAGAAGCGCGCGCGCGGCAAGCGCGGCGAGGCCACGUUCAAGGCCGUCAAGGCGGCGCCGGCGGCGCCUCAACGCCGCGCGAGACGCCGCGUCGUCGCCACCAGCGACACGGACGAGGGCUCUGAGUGAGACGUCUCGCUCUCUUCCUUCCUCCCCUCCCCCCCUCUUCUCCUUGGCGCCCCCUUCUCCCCCUUCUCCGCCCCAUGUAUUUUGUAUCUCUCUGGACGUUCGCAGCGCCUGCCAUUGCUAUUCCUGCUGGGCC